CGAGACGCCAGUUUAUGUUCAUUGAAUGGUGCUUGCCGUUUGCAUUGAUUGCUAUUUAGUACUAUUUACAAAUAGUGGAAAAUAAAACUCAACCGAACUCAUAUAUGUUUUCUGUUAUGGGAUUUCGGUCACUGAUACAAUAAGGAAUGAUGUGAUAUAAAUAAUUUGUUGUGCUAUGGGGUCUGGCAUUGUUGAGUUUUUUAAAAAGAACAGUAAAUUUGAAAGCUUUCUAAAGCGGACUUUUUCAGAAGAGGCCUUCGAGCGAGUACGUGCCUACGAGUCAUGUGUUGUUGUUUCUGAAAAGGAAAACAAAGCAUUCAAAUUUAUUGUACUAAGUGAUGAAAGAAUAUAUCUAACAGAAAAUCCUCCAAAGACUGUCGAGGAAGCAGUUCACCUUCGUGAUGUUGUUUCAGUUGAAUUGGUAAGUGUAUAGUAUAUAAAAUUUAAUAUAAUAAAUAUUAAUGAUUAAUUAAUAUAAAAUUAGUAAAUUAGGCCUCUAAACCUAGCUGUGUUAUGUAUGCUUCUCUGCAACCUAUGGCUAUGGGAAAUGCAGUAUGCCUGUAGUACUGCACUGUAGACUGUAGUGAAUUAUAGACUAAAGUCUAAAGUGUUUACAGACCUGGCCCUGGUCAUUAACAAUUUCAAUUUACUUUUUACAUUUGAUAUUUUUGUAUAUUAGUAUAUUUAUAACAUUAAUUAAGGCAUUUAAGGGUUGACAUACCUUUUUGCUUUUAUAAAACUAUUUAUAAUAAGUUAAAGGAUAAUAAUUUAUAUUGAAGUAGACGUUCAUUCUUUGCUGAUUAAAUUAGGCUAUGUUUAUGUAAGGAGAAUGGAGAAAGGUAAGGCCAUAUUCCAAAAGACCUGCUGUAUGAAGAGUUGGCAGAGGGGGGUAAGACUUAUUGGACAGCUACAGCUUUGCUUUAAGGAUGUUUUCAAAAGGAAUGUGAGGAAAACUUGCAUAGAAAUCAGUGAACAGGACAUUAUUGCUGAUCAAAGUUACAAUUGGCGAACUUCAGUGUAUGAAGUAGUCAAACACAUCAAACAGGCAGGGAGAUGCGCUAAAACGGAGCCUGUGCAACAAAAUAAAGCAUUACAGAAGGCUAAAGUUAACCAGAAGUUAAGGUUCUCUUGUGAGAAGUGCAUGCCGAGACUGCCUUUCCAUUUAAGACCCCCCUCUAAGCCAUUUGACGAAGUGUCAAUUAGCUACUCCAUCAUCUCGCGAAGAGGGAGGGAUGCCACUAUAUAUAGUAGUGGUUCAAGUAAUGUGAAAGAAAUGUUCAGGGCAAGUUAGCCUGUGUUUAAGCUUAAUUAAUUAAUUGAUAUAAUACAAAAAACAUUCUGGUCAAUUUAUUCAGUGAAUGCUUUUCUCUUUUAAUGUAACACAAAAUAAAGGAAAAUUAGAAGAAAAGAGAACUUAGUUCAAGUUACAUGAAAGCAAAUAAUAGGACUUAAAUAUGAACCAAAAUCAUCGGAAUUAUACACAGUAUAAGCAUUUCCUAACAAGGUUAAUUUCAAAUGUCAAUAUAAAAAAAUUAAUCUCCGCAAGCUGGCUCUUUUCGCAAUGAGACCUGAUGCAGUGUAUCAAAUUGAUAUCACUAAUGACUGACUGGUUUAAUUUAUUUAUUUUAUUGGAAUAUUAUCAAAUAAUUUAUCUUUUAAUUAAAGAUAAUCAAUAAGCAAUAUAAAAUUUAAACCGUUGAAAAAACAACACAUUUAUAUCAAUUUAUAAUCAUUAUUAAUAUUUUAUUUGAUAUUUAAUAAUGGGUACAUACAAUUUUAAAACAAAUGAAAUAAAGAAGUAACCUGAAAUAUAUAUGGAUCAGUAUAAAUAUCUUGUUUGGACAAAAUGGAUCAAUUUGAUAUUUAUUACUAUUUAAUUAUAAACAGAAAUUAGUUAAAAAUAAGAUAAUAUAUCAAUAUUAAUACAAAUGUAAGAAAAGUAACUUACCAGGGUCAGAAAAUAAUAAAACUGUCAAACUUGAAAUAAGGAGCGGCGAUCAAUUUGAACAAAACGUAACAAAUCUUCACCCUUAAAACGUUUUCUGCACACUAAAUGGUCUUAGCCUAUAAAGGAAAAGGAAAACAGUAAGCUACCGAUAAGCAGAGCUCGCUGUCAUUUCUCAUUAAUGUGCACAAAAAAAUCGGUUGGCUUUUAUCAAUCUGAUGAGAUGCGCAAAAGGAAGAUUAAAUGGCUGGAAAUUGAAUAUCAUAUACUAAAUAUAAUAUUUUUAAAUGAUAAUGAUAUCAUUUGGCCUCAUGGUACCUCAACUUUGAAUGAAUAUAUUAUCAUUCUGCACUCUUGUCUGUGUAUUACUGUAUGACAGUGCUGUGACAGAUUUACCAGACGAGUCUUUAUGUGUAUCAAUAAAAUAAAAUGAGACUUGCACCUAAUGUUGUGCUGAAAAAUUACAAAGAUGCUCAAUUAAUAUCAAUCUUUAGCUAAAUUUCAAUUAUGAUACAUCACAUUGAAGCCCUCAUUGAUGAUAAAGUUGCCUUUGGUAUGGUAGCUGGCUUACUCUCAAGUACACAAAGAUUAGUUUGAACAAGGCGAUGAAUGAAAGCACACCCAUCGCGUCGGUCUUGUAACCCCUAUGGCGACUGGAGGCCUUCAAGGGGCCCAAACUUCUUAUGUGAAAAAAAAAAUUAAAAAUUUAUAAACUUUGAAUCCAGGGGACAUAAAACCAAAUAAGAGUUGGGGUGGGGGGGGGGCACUCCAAAAGUCACACGAUAUCUCUGACUUAAGAUCUUGAUCACAUCUAAAGACAAUGAAAGGAGAGGAUGAGAAUACUUGAUUUGUGUCUGUAUCGGUUAGAACAGAAGCACAGAAUGAUUUAUAAAAAAUAUAUUUUGAGCAGUCAGAAUGUGAGGAUGCUACGUAAGAAUAUUUUGGUUCAACUGUCAUUUUCACUUCAACGGUUCAUGAACACAUAAUUCAAAUGAUUGAGCUGUUUUGAAUUCCUGUAUCUUGUACAGAUGGUAAAAAAUAAAUUAUUUAACUUUCUUUAUUUCUAUUUGAAAAAUUUAUAACAAAAUUUUGACAUCUCCAUUUUUAUAAAGGGUCUCAAUGACCCAGUUUUGCCAGUGACAUUUCAACCUGUUUCCUGUGAUAUUUCAACCAGUUUUCCACAGCUCUUAGAGUGAUUUGUGUGACAUGUUGUAAAAUAGUGUGUUUUGGCCCUGUGUCCUUCUGAUGAUGCUGGUGUUUGAAACACCUGGUUUAUUUCCUACUUUGGAACUCUCUUGUGUUUUUAGACCUUUUUACAUUUUUAUUUUAAUGUUGAAAGCAAAUUAAUUAUAAAUUGAAGCAUGUCAAUCUUGCCCGUUAUAUUUGAAUCACAUUUGUGGACAUUAACAAUCACUGAGACAUAAUGUCCCUAGUGAUCCAUAAUGCAUUAAUAAAAUGCAUACAAUAACAUAAAAGGAGAUGCAAUGGUCUGUUUAAAGUAGUUAAAACAAUAAAAAGAAAGUGACAAACUUUUUUCCCCAACUGCCUGAUUAAAAUAUUUCCAUAUUAUAAUAUAUCAAUCUCUCAAUGCAAAAUUUUCUUGGUAUCAAUCUCUCUAUCUCAUUUCAGUUGUAAACAUUGUGCAAUGUUCACUAUGGUUCAGUGAUGUAACCAUUAAAAAUGUGAUUUGUUUGUUUAAUUAAAUCGCUUACUUUUUAUUUUUAUGUGUUCUUGAGAUCGGGUUAUCCCCUCAAGGCCACGCUUGUGAAAAAGUAGAAGAAGAACUCCACACUACUUUCAGUGGUCUUACAUCCCUCACCUCUACUCUAAGUGGACUUACAACCUCAACCUACUUCCUACUCUCGGUGGUCUUACAACCUCCACCUACUUCUUGCUCUCAGGGGUCUUACAACCUCCACCUACUUCCUACUCUCAGGGGUCUUACAACCUCCACCUAGCCACUACACUCGGUGGUCUUACAACCUCCACCUACUUCCUACUCUCAGGGGUCUUACAAGCUCCACCUAGCCGCUACACUCGGUGGUCUUACAACCUCCACCUAGCCGCUACACUCGGUGGCCUUACAACCUCCACCUAGCCGCUACACUCGGUGGUCUUACAAACUCCACCUAGCCGCUACACUCGGUAGCCUUACAACCUCCACCUAGCCGCUACACUCGGUGGUCUUACAACCUCCACCUAGCCCCUACACUCGGUGGUCUUACAACCUCCACCUAGCCGCAACACUCGGUGGUCUUACAAACUCCACCUAGCCGCUACACUCGGUGGUCUUACAAACUCCACCUAGCCCCUACACUCGGUGGUCUUACAAACUCCAAUUGACCAUACACUCGGUGGUCUGACAACCUCCACCUAGCCGCUACACUCGGUGGUCUUACAACCUCCAACUCGCCGCUACACUCGCUGGUCUUACAACCUCCACCUAGCCCCUACACUCGCUGGUCUUACAACCUCCACCUAGCCGCUACACUCGGUGGUCUUACAACCUCCACCUAGCCCCUACAACAUCUGACAGUAUCACAACCCAAUCAACAUCUGACAGUAUCACAACCCAAUCAACAUCUGACAGUAUCACAACCCAAUCAACAUCUGACAGUAUCACAACCCAAUCAACAUCUGACAGUAUCACAACCCAAUCAACAUCUGACAGUAUCACAACCCAAUCAAUAUCUGACAGUAUCACAACCCAAUCAACAUCUGACAGUAUCACAACCCAAUCAACAUCUGACAGUAUCACAACCCAAUCAACAUCUGACAGUAUCACAACCCACUCAACACCUGACAGUAUCACAACCUAAUCAAUACCUGACAGUAUCACAACCCAAUCAAUAUCUGACAGUAUCACAACCCAAUCAACAUCUGACAGUAUCACAACCCAAUCAACAUCUGACAGUAUCACAACCCAAUCAAUAAACCAUGCAGUGUUUCCACGAGGCUGAGCAAUGAACAUUACCUUAACCGUAAUGUAGGUCAAGUUCUUGGAAGUGUUCGGAAUGCGUAAAUAGUUAUUUCUUGGAAUAUUUUUUAAGAGGAAGUAGAUUGGUUAGCAUUUUGUUUGGAGAGUUGGAUUUACAAAAGAGACUAUCAAUUUUAAGUGGCUUAUCUCGUGGUAUCUAAAUAUCAGUUUGUGGCACGCAACGUCUCCGUCUUCUGUUCAUUGUCGAUAAAUUACUGAAACAAAUAUCAGUUUUGAGAUUUCUUAUUUUCAUUUGAUUUUUAGUAGAAUUAUAGAAUAUUGUUGUUUGCGUAGAUUCCUUCUUCUUUCAUAGUUCUAUACCAUUACGUUCUGUGUAUCAUACCGAUCCGACCCCGAACCUUGCUGAGUACCGAACUUCAAGGUCACUGAAUACGAACGAACCCGAACUUCAAGGUCACUGAGUGCGAACGAACCCGAACUUCAAGGUCACUGAGUCCGAACUUCAAGGUCACCGAGUACGAACUAACUCGAAUUUCAAGGUUACUGAGCACGCACUAACCCGAACUUCAAGGUCAGUGAGUACGAACUUGGCUGAACGAACCUAAUCGCAAACUUAUUAGAACCGAUAAUCUUUUGGUUGUACGAAUGGUGCACGCGACUGCUGUAGCCAAGAAUUGCUGAGCUUUCCAUUGAAACAACUCAAUUCCUUCACGACAUUUUUUUGUGUAAACCAAAGUUAUCACAUUUUACCAUCCCCUACCCACCUCUCCUCCGCCAACCCCCCCCCCCUUCCCCCUUUUUCGCAACAACCUGUACAAUGUAGCCGACUCUUUUUCUUUUCAUCAUGUUUCAGUGAUUUGUGUUGUUCAAAAUCAAACAAAAAAAUUAGAAUGGCGAAUAAACCCAGCACACAGUGUGUAAGGAGUAGACGACUUAGCGAUUAUUCUAGGUUGAGCCAAGAUCGAUAAGCUAUGUCGUAUCCACCUUUGCAAUAAGCCUAAAACAUUUAUAUUAAACCCAAUACUAAAUUAUUUUUAGCUAUUUUUUUUUUCCAUUUAAUUUGUAGCGACCCACGUCUAUAUUUAUAGGUCUAUAAAUCCCGGUGUAGCCUACCAUGAGAGCUAAAAAGUAUUUUCCUCUGUUUGGCAUUUCUAUAUUUUUUUAAACACUUAUAUUUUUUAAGUGUAAUAUACACCUUAUUUUAUUUUAAAGACAAUAAUCCUCAAAUUGCGAUAACUACCAAACGGGAAGAGCUUCGGGGCUUACCGAGUCCGAACUUAAGCUGUUACUGAACCAAACUUGACAUAUUAACUGUUGCAGCACCUUGACAUAGUAGCUGUGACAUAACCUUGACAUAUUAACUGUGACAUAACCUUGACAUAAUUAACUGUGACAUGUGACACCAUCUUGACAUAUUAGCUGUUGCAGCACCUUGACAUAUUAUCUAAAAGAGGGUUCGAUCCCCAUCUCUGUUAAGGAGCGUAGAUAAAACUAGCCGGUAAAAGUUUAGGUCAACUUGAUGAGUUGCUGGACGAACUCCUUGUAAGCUCUUUUUUGUUGUUGUUGAACAGUCUCAGCUAUGAGUUAAGAUUUUGUUCAUUGAGUGGUUUAAGCAAACCAUAACUACACACAAUCUGCUGCUCACCUUACACGCAAUCCACGUGCUCAUUACACACAAUCCAUGUUCUCAGUACACACAAUCCAAGUUCUCAGAUUUUUUUUGUUAUAACUGCUCUUAGAGCGUAACAUCGCAUAUUUACACCUAAGUCUCGCGUCGAAAAAGAGAGAGGGAGGGGGGGGGAGGUUAAAUGAUGUAGUUUAUUUAUUGCCGCAUUAGUUGUUGACAAUAACCUCGAAUUGUCUAAUACUGGCAGACAUUUUUUUUUUAAAAUUUGUAAUUUUCAACUGAAUUAAAUUGUAAAACUUCGCCCAAUAAAGUUAAAUCCCAUCAGAGACCAAACCAUUGACAACUGUAUCUAGGCAUGGCACCCACAUCACUGACCAAACCAUUGACAACUGUAUCUAGGCAUGGCACCCACAUCACUGACCAAACCAUUGACAGUUGUAUCUAGGCAUGGCACCCACAUCACUGACCAAACCAUUGACAGUUGUAUCUAGGCAUGGCACCCACAUCACUGACCAAACCAUUGACAGUUGUAUCUAGGCAUGGCACCCACAUCACUGACCAAACCAUUGACAGUUGUAUCUAGGCAUGGCACCCACAUCACUGACCAAACCAUUGACAGUUGUAUCUAGGCAUGGCACCCACAUCACUGACCAAACCAUUGACAGUUGUAUCUAAACCCCAUAUCCCCAUCAGCCACCAGUUGACAGUUGUAUCUAAACCCCACAUCCCCAUCAGCCACCAGUUGACAGUUGUAUCAAGAGGUUCAAUGUUAGACUAGGGUUAAUAAUUUAUUUUAAAAAUCUUCCACUUCAAGUAUUUAUAGCCAUGCACUGCUGGUGUACUUUUAGCGACCUACAGAAUCAACCCAGAAAUCAAUAAUCAAUAAGAUAAAAUGAAACUGAAUGAAGGAAACCUGUUUUGUGUAAAAUGAAAGGACGUCAAUCGUGUGGUGUCAAACAGAUGGGAUCGUAUUGUGACAUGAGAAACUACGAAAGUACUUUAAUAUAUUAAAUUUUAACUUUACACUUUGAAGUAUAGACUAUGACAUCACCUUGAUGUAUUAACUGUGACAACACCUUGACAUAUUAACUGUGAUAGUACCUUGACUUAUUAAAUGUGACAUCACCUUGAUAUAUUAUCUGUGACAUCACCUUGAAAUAUUAGCUAUGACAUCAUCUUUACAUAUUAACUGUGACAAUACCUUAACAUAUUAACUGUGAUAGUACCAUGACAUAUUAACUGUGACAUCACAUUGACAUAUUAACUGUGACAAUACCUUAACAUAUUAACUGUGAUAGUACCAUGACAUAUUAACUGUGACAUCACCUUGACAUAUUAAUUGUGACAUCACAUUGACAUAAAAUGUGACAUCACCUUGUCAUAUUAACUGUGAUAGUACCUUGACAUAUUAACUGUAACAUCACCUUGACAUAUAAACUGUGACAUCAUCUUGACAUAUUAACUGUGACAUCACCUUGACAUAUAAACUGUGACAUCACCUUGACAUAUUAACUGUGACAUCACCUUGACAUAAAAACUGUGGCAUCAUCUUGACAUAUUAACUGUGACAUCACCUUGACAUAUUAACUGUGGCAUCAUCUUGACAUAUAAACUGUGACAUCACCUUGACAUAUUAACUGUGACAUCACCUUGACAUAUUAACUGUGACAUCACCUUGACAUAUUAACUGUGACAUCACCUUGACAUAUUAACUGUGACAUCACCUUGACAUAUUAACUGUGACAUCACCUUGACAUAUAAACUGUGACAUCACCUUGACAUAUUAACUGUGACAUCACCUUGACAUAUUAACUGUGACAUCACCUUGACAUAUUAACUGUGACAUCACCUUGACAUAUUAACUGUGGCAUCAUCUUGACAUAUUAACUGUGAUCGCACUAUGACAUUUAAUUUUAACAUAAGAGGCUAAGAAAGUUGAAGCAUCAAAAUCACAAAUAUACGGAUAUUGAAAUAACUCAUGUUAGUUUGAGGAUAUUGAAAUAACUCGAUGUUAGUUUGAUUUCUCGUUACAUGUGCACAGCAUGGGGGGGGGGGGGUUGGAACUACUAAGAUGUUAUUAUUUCGAUUAAAUUUAUCUUCCCAUCAAUCACGUGAUAGACCAAGCCAUAAGUGACUUUACAUUCUCAUCAUAUACCUAUUUUCUCUGUCAUAUGUUUACACGUUCCACUCUGUCAUAUGUUUACAUGUUCCACUCUGUCAUAUGUCAUAUGAUCCCUCGGUUGUAUCUGGUAGCCACAAUAAUGGAUGUUUUAUUAAUGCACGUCUGUUGAAGUAAGCACAAUAAUUGAUGUUUUAUCAAUGCACGUCUGUUGAAGUAAGCACAAUGCCGUGCAGUGUUCUCUAAGUGGCAUUCUACAACCACAAUGAAUGUCGUCAAUAAUCAAUGUCGUCUCUAAUGAAGUGGACUAAUUGCUUUGCCGUUGUCACGGUCUGUGAGAAAACCUCUAGCCUCUAUGUGACAAUAUAUGUGUGUAUUUGUAUCCGGGCUUAGGGUUAACUGUGAUUGAACAACACAACAGUAACUGCAUGUCAGGUGUUAAAAGGCUUGGUUUAAAGUAGUUCCGAUGGGUAUAUAAAGCAAUGGGAUGUUCAAGUAAUGGCAAUACCAAUUUUUUUGUUUUUUAAAGAGCUCAACCAAUUCCAUUCCGACUAUUGAUACAAAUAAUUUCACGCUUAACUAAUAGUUGGGGGUGGGGGGUAGCCAGCAUAAGUUAACCGCACCGGGUGACCCAAACCCUAGAUACGCCACUGCUGGUAGUUCAAUGAGUUCUGACUGUAUACUGUAUAUCAAAUGUUAAAACAUAAAGUAUAAAGCAUUUAGUUUGAUAUAAAAUCUUACAAAUAGUGUUAUCUGAAAUGUUGCUUUAUCGACAUUGGCUUUAGUGUUUAGUGGUCUAGACUCUAAAGGCGAGUGAUCUAAGAAAAAUUGAGCCGGUAUAGUAUAAUAAUAUAGUUAUAGAAAUACAACACUAGCUUUAAAACAUGUUGAGACAAUAGUAAUAGGGAUAACACAAAACUAUUUUUAAUUUCCCGUUUAGCUAAAGCAAAGUUAUUUGUUUCCUCCGUUACGAGUAUUAAAAAAAAGGUAAUAUUUAUUUCAUGGUCUCAGCAAUCAACCAGCUUAAAGAACAAUCAACCAGCUUAAAGAAAGAAAUCUUACUGCCACAGCACAAUGCAGCCAUCGAUUGGUUGACAUCACGGGUCACUAUGUCAACUAUCAACAAAACUGUAAUAAGCCGCAGGCUAUGGAUUGUUGUUCCAACAGUCUUACCCUUCACACACAGGAGAGCUCAUCAACAUAAAAUACACUGAUAACAAACAAAGAAACUUUUUUGUCUGCUACUGGGCAUUUAUUAUUUAUUGCCCGUUUCAUAAGAAAUCGAAUGUGCUGCUUUUCUAGCAUUGUGCAGUAGUUAGAUUUUAUGUAGCACAUCAGGGUUUGAGUGAGUUAUGCAUCUUCUUAUGUGAAAAUUAAAUUUCAUGCAAAUAAAUUACAAAACUAAACUGAGUGAUACUUGUCUGAGUGACAAAUUAUGUCUUAUAAGUUAUGUUAUAUAAAUUAUGUUAUUUUAUUAUGGUCGGUCUUUUAUGUUUUGUCACAUUCUCUGAUUAGAUUUUCUUCUACAUUGGGCUACAGAGCUUUCAUCUUUAUUUCUCAUUUUUCUGUUCAUUUGGGAUUUCAUCUAGUCUAUAAUAUUAAUAUUAUUAAUAUAUUAUUUAAUUUGACUGAAUAUAGAAAUCAAAAUACUAAAAUAAAGUGGCUGGAUUACAUUUUUGUAAAGAACCUUAAUGUUAAAAGGAAAGACAGGACAAUAAAAGGAAGUGUUUCCUCUUAGAGCCUUCUUCAACAGACAUGACAAAAGGAGAAACAAUAAUAAAUAUAAAACAGUUUUAACAUUGUUGAAUCCACAUUUCAGGCUCUGCCACUCACUGGUACCAUUCCCAUCCUAUUACAUUUGUCAUUUAUUUAAAGGUUUUAUGAUCUUUUACAGGUCAUUUAUAAAUUUCUUGUCCUUAGGUGAAUGAAUUCCCAGAUUUUCUGAGAGGGAAAGAACGCUUCAACACACAGCACAUAGCUGUGACCUACAUGACUUCUGAACCAAGGCGACGAUCUCUUAGACGCUCCAAAAAAUCUCCAAGAGGAUCAGUGACGGAUCUCAGUUUAGACAGGUGGGUAUUACUUAUGUCUGUCAACAAGGAGGCUUUGAUGUAACAUGUUUGUUAGACAGGUCAGUAUUACUUAUGUCUGUUAACAAGGAGACUAUGACGUGAGCUGUUUCUUAGAUCAGUAUUACUUAUGUCUGGCAGCAAGGAGAAUUUGAUACAACAUGUUUGUUCGGUCAUUAUUUAUUAGUUUUAAGUUAUUAGACUAAUGUUCAAUCAGUUGUAUUAACCUUUUAUUAGUUGGUACUUAUCUGAUAGUCAAUGUUAGAGAUAAUGUCCAUGUAAUUUGUUAAUUAUUUAUGUAUGGACAUAACACAUUUUGAUUUUAAAUAACUUUUCCUCUGUUAUGCAUGGAAUAAAACAUGUGAUAACAUUAGGGUCAGUUUUGAAACAACAAAAUGGAGUUAUAUUUUAAUUUUUUUUAAAAUCUUUGAAAUGUUUCCUGCGUGCUGUCAUACUUCCUCUCGUGCUGUCAUACCUCCUCUCGUGCUGUCAUACCUCCUCUCAUUGAAUUCACUUGGAUUUUCUUUAAUCAAAAGUCUUCUUAUAAAAUUAAAGAACGUUGUUCUUUUGAACCCUGGAGGUCAGAAUGUGAGAAUUUUUCAUGUUUCACCAUUGAAUCUGCAGAUCAAAUGCAUCUACACCUCUGGGAUAUGCCAACUCUAUUGAGGGCAGCUACCCAGACCUGGGCUACAUCACACAGAGUGCAGGCAGCUUGCCCCUCAGUAGACCGACCAGCAGGGGCAGUGUCAAGACUGGGGCUCAGCCCAAAAAGAAGAAGAAACCUCAGGGACUCAAUGACAGUUUUGAUCACGAGAGUAACCUCAGGUCACUCAAGGUAUAUUUUUUAAAGACUUUUUAUUAUUGUUAUAGUCUAAACUUUCCUUUCAGGCUAUGUCUGUGAUGUAUAUUUUUGACAUAAUGGGAUAACUGUAACUUAAGAUAAUUAACAAAAUUAGUUAAAAUGUUGACUGAGUUUCUUUUGAUUUUUUGUUUUGUGUUCUUUAAUGUGGUUAACUAAAGAUUUUGGAAUAAGGUUAAAACCUGAGUACCGGUAUGAUAUUUUAAAAUGCAGACAAUAUUGCCUUAUCAUAUUGAAUUAUAAAAGCACAUGAUACAUUUCCUUGACAUCCACAGGAAGAAAGAGAAGAGGACAUAAUGGAAACUAUAGAAGAAAAUCACAUGCCUUCACCUAGGUCAAGAGCUCCAUCCAUCUACAAACAUUCACCCACAAACAAUCUUAAACAAACUCAGACCAACAGGGCAGGUUUGACAGCUAAAAACGGCAGUGUUAAAAAUAGAAAUAUAUCAGAAAGUGACAUUUUAUCAUUGGAUAGCACUUCUUGUGAUCAGCCUCAACAGUCAAAGUUAGGAGGCCCUAGUGCAAGUAAGCUGAGACUUUCAGAAGCUGAGGUUCAAAAACUGCUGGGGCAAAGGGACACAACUGUGAUUGACAAGGAGGAGAGUCCAAGUUGUUGUUUUUUUGGCAGAGGUAACAAAGGCAAUAAAAAUCAGGUACAUGUUUGUACAUUUAAACAACACUUACUAAGUAAAGAAUCUUUAAUUUAGAUUUAGCCAAUUUUCGAAGAGAGAAAAUUUAAAUAAACUUAUGAUGUGUAGUGAAUUGUUACAUUUCAUGAAAUACUUUUAAAAAUGUACAUUCAAUUUAUUUAAAUACAAAUAAAUAAAUUAAAAAUAAUAUUAAAUAUUGAGCUCUUAACUGAUAAGCUACCAGAUUGAAAAACCAGAUGUGGCCAAAUUAAAUCUAGGUCACAUUUUCUCAUUUUAGGUGUAUGUACAAUGUCAAAUGCAGUUUUCUCAAUUAUAAACAUAUUCUAAUGAUUAAUAAACCAUUUUGUAGGUAAUUGAUGUGUCUAUUCGAUAAACUUAAAACAUUUGUAGGUUGUUUUAUUGGGAAAUUAUUAAUUGUUAAAUUAGUAUUUACAACAGAAAAACAAUAAAUAUAUGAAUGUGCCAACUUAUGUAUAAAUGUUAUUUUUCAAAAUCAUUUAAAGCAUUUUAUUUGAUGGUUUCCAAAUAGUAUAUCCAAUAAUAAAAAAAAUGCACCAAAGAACACAGAUCUUGAAUAAUAUUUACACUUCCAAUCACUUAUAAGCCUUUAGAAACCCUGACACUUGUUGCCACGGUAAACAAGUAGUGAAACCUUGUAACUAGCUUGGAAAUUAAAUCAAAAUAAAUUAAAAGCUCGUUUUUUUAUAACAUUCUGCCAAUAGUAUGUGGUUUGAAUAUAAACAUUCUGUCGGUAAAUUAAAAUCUUGAAGCAAAACGGGAAUGGAAUAAUAUAAAUAUUUGACUUGGUUUACUGCGAUACAAAACUUGGCGCUACCAGCGGCUCUUGGCCAUAACGAAAGAAAUGCCCAGCCGCUCCCACCGGCUCAUGGUAGUUAACCAGUUAAAAAGAAUCACUAGGGUUUAUCACUAGUCUGCUCACAACGUUAUAAUUUUUGUCAGCACUCUAACUUACACAUUUCAUGCAGUCAGUCUUGCUAAGGUAGAAAUGAAAAUAUCUCCUCGUGUCAACGAAUGCAAAUCCAUCUAAUGACAGGUCUCUCCAGCAACCAACAGCAUUCCUACCAAUGGCCGGUCAGUACAACCAGAGCUCUCAGGGAAACCGGGCAGUCAACAAAACUUUAAUUCCAAUAACUUAUAUGGCGGCAGUCAACUCUCGGGUCAAAUAGGUCCAGGUUUCCUCCAUCCAGACCGCUCAUCGUCCUUAUUUGGGUCAAGAUCUGGGACUCCACUGCUAGAGGCAGAACGAAAUCUGUAAGUUGUGAAGAAGAUCCUUGACACCAAUUUGACUAAUUAAAUACUAAAUGAAGAAAAAAUCUGUAAUGUCAGAAGGAGACAGUGUUGAAGGUUUGCUGUCUGCAGGAGUGCUUCAUGACACAAAUAGUUUUUCACCUUUGCAUCAUUUUGUUAAUUGUUAUUAUAGGUUUCUUUAUUCAAUUAUUUUAUCAAAAUUAUGAAGUAUACAUUUUAAAAAAAAAGUAUAUUGCCCGUAAAUUAAAAGAUAUAGAGUCCUUAAAUUUUCUUUGUUGCUUGAAAAGAUUACUAGAAACCACAUAGAAAAAUAUUUGCCAUAUUUUUGGAUUUGUUCCCACACAGUAAAAAAAAACAAUUAUGGUAAUUAAUUAUGCUUAUAUUACUUCAAUAUGACUUCACCAAAUGUAACAAUUUUAAAGUUUUAGGUUGUAAGUCUUCCAAACGUAUUAUGGGUUUUUAUUAUUCCAUUAAAAUGUACAGCAUACUUUUUGUUUAUUUCCAUAGAAAUAAUCUAAAUAUGUCAUCAAGUGAUCUAGGCAGCUCUGUGUCAUUCCACGGUCUCAACUCUCUCUCAGUCGAUGGCCUUCAUGAACGACGGAAAUGUGUCCUUAACAUUUACAUUCUAAACCUAACAUCUCACCUUAUAUUGCUGAUCAGAAGUGCCUGGAAUAAUUAUAUCAUUGUGAGUUUUUUGUAAUUCUUAUUGAAACAUUCUGUAAAUAACUAUUUCUUCAGUUAAAUUGUAAAUAAAAUAAUUUAGUAACAAUAAUCAAGCAUUUCUUUUUAAUUUUUUUGUUAUUUGUAACUUACAAAUCAAACUAUUUGGAAUUGUAAGGUACAAAGUACAAGUUUUUUCAAAAUCUAGUUUAUAUUUGUAAAAUUAUUCUUUGGAAUCUUUCCUAUGUCACUAACAAACAUGAUGGCAAUAUGUUACUUUACAGCUAAAUGAUAACCUUUAUUGUUACAGAAAUCCACUCUAGCCUUAGAGCCUGAAACUUUUGAGUUUUCCACAGACCCUAAAGUUUUAUGCGCUUUUAAAAAGUAAGUCAAAUUUAGGGAUUUGUAGCAUUUCCAAGACAAUUUGCUCAGUUUAGAGAUAUUUUUUUUCCAAACAUGGAAAUGUCCAUGAUUUAGAAAGGAAAGGGAAAAACUUAUCUUGUAAAACAAUUUAAAAUACACCAAGUUGGUGCCCCUUUCAAAAACUGGUUAACAUUUAACUUAGAGCUGAUAUCAUGCCUCCCUUUCUAUGUGUUUUUCAAUUCAUAAAAUUAUUUGCAAUUAUUAGAAUUAUUACAGGACAUUCAUGUUCUAUUUAUAUAUUACAUUAGUUGAAACAAAUUCAAAUUAUAAAUAAAAUAAAUUUGCCUAUGACUGACAUAUUUUAAAAUAUCCUCUUUAAUAAAGCACACAUUCUUUAAUUUGGAAAAUGGUGUCAGUCUCUAGAUGGGGUAACAAAUGUUCUGUUUUAAAAAAAUAGAAUUGACAAAUGGAUUUCAUUGGAAAUAAAAUCAUACUCAUGAAGAGAGCCUGAAUUAAAUUAAUUGCAUUAUUUCAAUAGAAGGUCCAUUCUGAACUCUAUUGGUAAUGUAAGCACCAACUCACAGUAUUUAAUGUAAUGAAUAUAAUUAUUAACGAAGCUGAUAUUUCUGUAGAUGUUUCAAAUUUAUUUCUGUAUGAUAAAUAUUUAAUUAAAAAAACGAAUACCUUUUUCCUGGUUGUGUAAUUUCAAUAUGCUUUAGUUGUAUAACUUUGUCAAAGGUUUAUCUUUUUAAUCUUUUGCUGUACUACUUUUUUAUUUAUUAACAUCAUAAUCAUAAGUAAUGAUAAAAUAGAUGAAAUAUUUCCAGAGAUCAAGUAGAGAGAGACUACAUUCACCUCAAGAGGGAUCUGUUCAAAACUGAUCUCUCCAUAGAAGAAAAGUUUACUCUGAUUGACCAGCUUUACAACACCACCAAGUGCAACUUUGUGCUCAAAAAGUUGUUUUGGAAGGUAAGUUGCGUGUGUCACAUCAGAUGUGCACACUGGAAGCCUCAUAUUGUUGUAUUGGAUAGAACAGAAGGAUACAUCUCAAACUGUACAAAUGAGUGCACUAGGAACUACAGUUUAUUUUCAUUUGAUAUAGCUGCCCAAUUCAUUUCUUUGGUUUGGCCAUCAUCAAAUGUAGCACUGUACAAGCCAUCUAAGAUAUGUACACUUUCAAAACUGUUUGUAAAAUUAAGUAUUUCAAAUUUUUUUUUUACUAGUUUUUCCAGCAAAAAAAUUUUUUUUUUUUAGUAUGUCACAAUUUAGCAUAUUAUCAUUUGAACGACUUAUUUCAGCAUUCUCUUUUUUAUUUGCUGUUGAUAGGAUCAUAAUUUGAUUGAUUAAAAUGCUUCGAGGACUGGUGUGAAUGUUUGUGUUGCUUGCAUUUGAAAUCUCAGACAGUCCACAUAAGAGUACUGUGUGAGGCUGUUGUACCUUGCUGCCCAUAUGUUAAAGUUAAAGUGUACUGACAUGUGUGAGGCUGUUGUACCUAGAUUUCCAGUAUACAAUAUGUUAAAUAUUAAUUAAAAACGAAUGAAAUAUGUUUCUGUGCACAAUGGAUGUCAUUAUUCAAAUUUAGGACGUAUAGUUUUACAUUCAGAACAUCAUUUGAAAUAAUUAUAUGGUGUCAUGUAACAUGUUGUAACGCUUGAAAAUUAACAAUAUUAACCUCAAUGAAUAAAUGUAUAAUUAAUCAAUUGAGAACAUUUUUUUUUUUUGUGGGUUCUCAUUUCAGCAACCUGACAUGUUCACAUUUCUCAUCAAACAACUCCAGAACUAUGUGCCCCAUUCUAAGGCUUCUCUCACAACAAGUGAAGGGAAGGCCAAAAGAGCUGAUGAAGUAGAGUGAGUUUAGUUGUCUCUAGUAGGGGAAUAGAUAUAGACAGCCAGAGUAAUUUUAGUUGUCUCUAGUAGGGUAAUAGAUAUAGACAGCCAGAGUAAUUUUAGUUGUCUCUAGUAGAGUAAUAGAUAUAGACAGUAAGAUAGCCAGAGUAAUUUUAGUUGUUUCUAGUAGGGUAAUAGAUAUAGACAGCCAGAGUAAUUUUAGUUGUCUCUAGAAAAGGGGGGGAUAGAUAUAGACAGUGGUCAAAUGUGGGAAAUGGCAAGAUUUCGUCAGUGGUUAGACAUGAACGUCAGUUAGAACAAUAGCUAGUUAUGGACACGGCUUAAUAUUGGCUGGGUUAGAUAUGGGCAGCUGUUACAUUUGGGAUGUGAUUGUUAGCAAUGAUUAAUUUCGGUGUUUUUAUAAAGCACUGCUUGCUGACAAGAAGUUUUAUUACAUCAUUAAAUAUUAUGCGUGUGCCAUUCAAGAUUUUCUUGUUAACUUGUUUUUCCUGAACAAAUUGUUCAGACUAUCCAUCCUCAUCUUGUCAACUAUAAACUUAAUGCUGAGAGAAUCUGAAAUAUUGUCCUCAAGGCUCCACACACUUAAACUUGAGGGGUAAGUGAGUCAUUGCUUUUCUAUAGAAUAUAGAAAAGGGAUAAAGCUUUCAUCUUGAUAGAUAAAAUUAUCUCCGCCAAUAAAUAGCUUGCUGUCCAAAAAAAAUUAUUUUUUUAAAAUCUAUUCAAGUGCCAUAAAUUAAAUAAAAAUUCGGUAAUAAGGGGAGAGACUGCAAUCGGGUUAGCAAAAAAAUGUAAUAAAACAUUUUCUGAGUAAUUGAGAUCUAUGAUUACGAAUGCAUCUUCUUGUAAACUAAAGAUUUUUGUAUUUUCUGCUCACUAGCUUACAUUGAGAUUAAAUUGUUUAUACUUGACACAGUGGUAGGCCUAUUAAGCUUCAAGAGAGGGUAUUCAACUGAGUAUUGUUUGUAAAAUGUAAUAAUUAUUGUUAGAAGGAAGAAAAAAAUUAUUUCAAAGAUGGUCACAUCUGUACUCAUCUAUGUUACAGAGGAAAGUUGGUGAGAGAACUGAUCAAGAUGGUGGUGAGUCAGCCUGACUUUCCCUAUCAACCUUUGUCCUUGACUAAACACUGGACUACUCCAGUCAUUGGGGCCAAAGAUCUAAGGCCAGUUAAAAAUGUGGAUGAAGAGGUCAGAAUCUUAGAAAAAUUUAUUAUAGUUUUAAUCAUCAGUAAAGCUCCCGCAAUUAUUACCCCUAAUUUUCUCUGGUACAGCAACUGCCACUAUUACCCCUUAAAGCAACCUCUAUUAUCUCUGCCGCAGCAAACAGGCACUAUUACCCCUAAUGCAACAUCUGUCUCUAAAGCGUGAGCCUGUUUUUGUGGAGUUAAAAAUUAAUGCUUCAAAAUAGUCAGCGAUAAUUUUCUCUUUUAUUUCUCAGUUGUAUCGACUUAAGACAGAGUACACAAAAACUGCAUUUUCUACUUUGUUUGAACUCCUCAUGGUAGCUAAAAUGGUCAGUACAUUUAUUUUACUUUCAUUUUAUAACAGUGAAUAACAGCUGGUACUUUUUGUGAAUGUAAAAUUUAUAAAGAGUAAAAAUAAACAAAGCCUUUAUCUGUAGACACCUUCUCCAAAACUAUUUAUGAUGAGAAUAAAAAGGAAAGAUUUUUUUUCCUCUGUUUCAAUGAAAUACAUUUUAACUUAUACACCUUGAUUCACAUUUUCUCUUAAAAUUAUUAAGCACAAAUUUAAAAUGUAAUUACUGAGUUCCACUUUUUCUUCAACUUAAAAGUUAUAAAACAGAUAUUUUUUAUGAAGAGUCCUUCCCACCACCUUUAACCUCAAAAACUUAAAUUUCUAUUGGAUUCUAACUCCAGGCUCCUGUUGAUGAAUUUGAACUGCUGUCAGUUACUGGGAUCAUAACAACAUGCAAAGAGCUGAAAGCCACAGUGAGUUUCAUUGUUCGUCCAUCAACUAAUGGUAUACAUUAUUAUUGAUAUAAAUUCAUUGUUUGCUUUUAUUCCAUUUUUUUUCCUCUAAAAAUACCCUUGCAUUGUUUGUAAAAAGAAAAGUGUGUACGUUUAAUCAUUUCUAAAAUGACAAACUUUGUUUAUAAAAUUUGUUUCUUGACUUAAAUAAAUAUAUAAAAUAAUAGGAAUUCAUGUCACUCUGUCAGUUAAUGUUUUAAAAAAGAUUUAUGUUUGCACACUUUAUUUUCUGAAAGUUCUUAACCUGUUCAAAAUUGUUUCAUAGCUGCAUAACAAAUUCACUAACACUGCCUCCUUAACUUUGGUAGGAAAAUAUAUAAUUUUUAUGAUUAACAGGAGCAAAUGGUGGAUAAUCUGGUCAGUCAGAUUAUGGAACUGGUCAGUCUGUCUCGUUUUGAACUUUUGACCCCGGCCCAGUCUAUGCUGGUGUUUCAGAUGUUCACACUUCUGCUGACCCUCCUGGAGGAGAACAAGGCAGUCAUCAGCCAAGUCAGAGACAACUACUACGAGGAGUUUAAGUAGGUCAUUUUAUCUUCAUCAUUUUAACAUGGCUCUCAAUUUUCUUUUAUGAAUUGGUAUUUUAACAUUUAUUUACAAACUUAUGCCGAAACUGAAUGUAUUUUCACAAACAGGUAUUUUAUCCAAGCUCCCGCAGUGUCCAAGAAACUGCCUGCCCAGUACCCCAUCACAGCCACCACAGUGAACAUCAUUGACCAGGUUGUCUCAAAAGUCUUAGGAAAUCAAGUCCAGCUCUCUUCCAAGGACAUCUGAUGCAUUUCUUAAAUCUAUGAAAACAUUAACUACUCGCUGGUUGCUAAAUUAUAUUAUAUAUCUUGACAGAACUCUUACGUUACUUCAAUUACAUAACAUGACAGACCUUGUAUGCUACUUCAAUUAUAUAACAUGACAGAUCUUGUAUGUUACUUCUAUUAUAUAUAUCAUGACAGAAAUUUAAUGUUACUUUAUGACACAAAUUAUUUAUUUUUUAUAAAGGAGCCAUGUGAUCAAAUUUUUUGAAUCUGUACAAAUAUUUAAAUUUUAUAACAUUUCUCUUGCACAAGUUUCACAAAGAGGUAUUUAUAUUUAAAACACCUUAAGUGACACAUGAUCAGUGAAUGCACUGCCCAUUUUGCAGUUCUUGUUUUUCUACUGUAUUUAUGCCAUUUUUUUUAGAAGCUUAAUGGCGAAAUCAUGAGUAAAAAUUGGUGCGGGAGGGAAUAUUCUUUAAUGGCUUAUCUUUUCAUAGUCAUUCAUAAAUGACUAUCCUAAUAAUAUAUCGUCCAUUAUUAUUUGACCAGGGUUGCCAACUGAAUAAAAAUCAAAUUUACUGACGGUAAAUAUUCUAAAUCUCCACACUUUUAGUGGACAAACAAACAAUUUUAUGGAGACAUUUAAAAAAUUAACUUGUUGAAACUAUUAAACUAAAAAAUGUUCAAAUAUCGACAGGACUUUCUGUGUCUCGUGGUGGUUAUGUAAGUUUAAAGCAAGCAAGAAGAAAUCACUAAAAUUGAGAUCUAUUGCAUACUUGGCUUCAAAAAUGUUUGUAAAAUGUCUAUUUUUGAGGAACAUCCUAGAGUUCUUACAGAAACUUACAAACAAGUCAUUUUAAGUCAUAAAUUUACGGACUGCCCUUAAAUUUACAACCCUGUUCGUCUUUUUUUGGAUGUCCCCUCAGCCAACAGCUGCAACCUUGAAUGUCAUUUAAAUGAAUUUUGAAUUUAGGAUCCUAUAGUUAUUUUCAAAUGCAGUAGAAAAAUAAAAUGAAGAAAUAUUAUGAAGUUUGAAUUAAAUAAAAAGUACAUUUUGUUUAUCUAUUAAUUUUGGUGCCAAAAUGUCCUAUGUGAAAAACUUGCUCAAUACAAAUUUCACAUACUUGUUUUCUAUUUGCUUUUUAAAAAAUGUUUUAAAAUUUGUGUGGAAAUAAUGAUCACAAAGAAUUUUUUUCUAUUUUUAAAUGUGCCUGGUGAGUUAUAAAAUAAUUUAUUUACAAAAUAGAUUUGUAUUUCAAUCAUCUAACUCUGCAGCAAAUGACAAACAAAAAAGUAUAUUCUUUUCAUUCCAAACUUCACACUGCAAAAGUUAAAGACUACAUAUUUUGCUUCAUUUCAUUGGGCCAAAAUUACUAUUUAGUUACACAAAAAGAAUUGAUUGUGCAGUCAUCCUCAGAAAAUAAGGGGGAACAUUGUUACCCAAGGUUGACUGACCUUUGGCAGUAUGACAGGUUUUUAUUGAAGCCUUGGUCUUUUGUUCCCCAUAGUUAUUUUUCAGAUUACUUACCAAGAGAUGAGCAUUUUAAAUAAAUCUCUAAUAAUGCAUUUGAUAUGUGACCUAAGUCUUAAUAUCAAACUCCCUACACCACCACCACCAUAUCAAAUGGCCUUUUUGGGCUGUCAAAUACAUUGCAUGUUUUUUAUCUGAAACUAGGUCUCUUCCACUCUUUAAAAAUAAUUUGAAAAAUUGAUGUCUAAUUUAAGUAUUUUCCUUCAUGUCAAGAAAAUAUUAGUUCUUUGUUGGCCCAGAUAAUGAACUUGUUCUUUAAAAACAUUUUUUUACACAUGGUUAUUGAUUUCAAUUCAAAAUGAAUAUGUUUUAUCAU